UCUGUCGCAGAGGCUUCUGGGAAAACGAGUCCGAGCAUUUGGUAAUUCCAGCUCUCGCUCCCUAUUUCUCCACAGCUAACAAGAUGCCGGCCGUUCAUCAUAAACUGCUUUUGGAGGAGGCCUUGCAUGAUAGUCCUCAGACUCGCUCCUUGCUGAGUGUGUUCGAGGAAGAUGCGGGGAUGCUAACAGAAUACACCAACCAGCUGCUGCAGUCCAUGCAGCGGGUAUUUGGAGCGCAGAGCGAGAUGGGAUUGGCCACAGAGCAGCUCUCGCAGCGCCUUCUGGAAUAUGAGAAGAAAAAUUUUGCCCUUGGAAAAGGGGAUGAAGAGGUCAUCUCUACGCUGCAGAACUUUGCAAAAAGUGUUGGAGAGCUGAACUCCCUCCACUCCGAGCUGGCCAACCAGAUGGCUGACAGCAUGGUUUUUCCUUUGAUCCAGUUCCGGGAGAAAGACCUCACAGAGAUAAGCACCUUAAAAGAAAUAUUUGGCAUUGCCACUGAUGAGCAUGAAGCUGCAAUGGUCAAGUACAGUCGGCUGCCCAAGAAGAAGGAGAAUGAGAAGCUGAAGGCUGACCUGGUGAAGGAGGUGGCCUACACCCGAAGGAAGCAGCACCAGGCCUCUCUGCAGUACUACUGUGCCCUCAACGCCUUGCAGUAUCGCAAGAGAGUAGCCAUGCUUGAACCGAUGCUAGGCUACACUCAGGCACAGAUCAGUUUUUUCAAGAAAGGCAUUGAGCUGGUUUCAAAGAAGAUGGACACUUUUCUCUCCUCUGUGUCCAACAUGAUGCAAAAUAUCCAGACCCAGCUGGACUCUGAGGCAGAAGCCAUGCGCAUGUCUCAGAAAGAACUUCUAUCUGCAGACGACGCCAUCUAUAUGCCAGAUAAGGACUCUGAGCCUGUUAACCGCACACUCAUCCAGAAGGCCGGCUACCUCAACAUUAGGAAUAAAACAGGCCUGGUGACGACAGCCUGGGAUCGGCUGUUCUUUUUCACACAGGGAGGGAAUCUCAUGUGUCAGCCUCGGGGCGCGGUGGCGGGGGGCAUGGUGCUGGACCUGGACAACAGCUCCGUCAUGGCUGUGGAGUGCGAGGACAGGCGCUACUGUUUUCAGAUCACUUCCCCUUCAGGAAAGACCUCCAUGAUUUUACAAGCUGAGAGCCAAAAGGAAUAUGAAGAGUGGAUUUGUACAGUUAACAACAUUUCCAGGCAGAUUUAUCUCACAGACAACCCAGAGGCUGUGGCCAUUCGAUUGAACCAAACAGCCAUCCAGGCCGUCACUCCAAUCACCAGCUUUGAAAAGAGGCAAGAAGGCUCCCCCAACCCUGACAGAGCAAAGCCAGGUGGUAUCCCCCCUGCUGGCAGCGAUUCUCAGAAAUCCGGGGCUGGUCCAGAGCCGGAGGACCUGAUCGCCCCUGGAACCCCAAUUCAGUUUGAUAUCAUGCUGCCAGCAUCUGAGUUCCAGGACCAGAACAGAGGCGGUGGGAGACGUACAAACCCGUUUGGAGAAACAGAUGAUGACUCCAAAGCAGCGAGUGAUGACUCCCUUCUGCAGCAGGUUUUCGCUGUUCGUUUUCUGGGUUCCAUGGCCGUUCGCUGUGGCAACAACCGGGAGGUGAUCUACGAGGCCAUGAGGCAGGUGCUGGCUGCCCGAGCCAUCCACAACAUCUUCAGGACCACAGAGUCCCAUCUCAUGAUCACGAGCAGCAGCCUGAGACUGAUUGACCCACAGACUCAGGUCACAAGAAUAAGUUUUCAACUAGAGGAAGUGUGUCAGUUUGCAGCUCACCAAGAAAAUGGGAGGCUGAUGGGAUUUGUGGUUGAAGGAAUAGACUGGAGUGAUGGGAACGGCGAAGGAGAGCCGUCGUUUAGUGCUUUCGUCUUUGAGAGCAACACAGAAGGGGAAAAGAUUUGUUACACGAUAAACCUGGCAAAAGACAUCACAGAAGCCAAGAAGGACCCAGAGGCCCUAGCCGAACUAAUGAAGAACAUGCCUUUAACCAAUGACGGAAAGUUCCUGCUCCUAGAACCCGAGACGGGCGACACCGACGAUGGAGCGGGUCCUGAAGAUUUGGAGUCUGAGGCUUAGGUCCUCUAUGACUCCCAAAUCAAGGGGGAGCAUAGAGAUGGCUUUGCUCUGUAAGGCUCGCUGUGGUUAAAGGUCUCAGACUCUGGUACUUGAACACCACACCUAGAUUGUAGUUCACUUCCAGUGAUCCUCUGCAACUCGAUCUCCUUUCCUUUUGCUCUACUAAAAGCUGAGGUCGUUGACAGGAGUGUUUGUUUCUAUAAUGCGGACUUUUAGAGUUUCCAUUCUCUUUUUGAACAUUCUAGAUACUAGUUGUGUUUUUUUGUGCGUUUACUCAACCAUCGAACGGAAAGUUAUCAUCAUUCCCUUUGGGUUUACAUAGUUUGAAGUUUUCUCAUAAAUACGUUGUAAUUGUUUAAAACUUAUAUUUAAGGUGUUUAUGAAUCUACUUUAGAGUUGAUUUCUUGAUUGUUUGCACUUUUAAAGGUUCAUACUUUUUAACAAUUCGUGGUUACAAAAUGCACUAAUACAUUCGUCUGAAAAACCUACAAUUUAAAAAUAAAAAAAGCUAAACGGUUUGUCUGCAGAGUAGUGAGACGGCAUAUCUUCCAGCACUGACCUGAAGUGUGCACUCGUACCACAAAGUGACUGCAAUCCUGACCAUUUUAAGCAUUCCCCCUUAACUCGCUUAAUGCUUGACAUUAUUCUCCACUACCUUUUCAAAAGCAAGUCAUGAUUUGUAUGCUGGAUCCCAACACCUACUCUGUGCUCCUUUCCUCAGACGCUUGUGUAAAUAUGAUCUGUCAGAAUGUCUACGGAGUUUAAUCAGUCACUCUGCUCGGACUCUCGCAGCGUAUGAUUAAAUAAAGCCAUUUUCUCCGGUUCCCUCUGCAGAAGAUUAAAGCCUCGACUCUGAGCACUGAGCCGUAGUGCUAAAAGAAAUCAGCUGAAAUGCUUCAGUAAUGCAUGCAGACAGACCCCAGUCAGGUACUCCAGUCUGAGGAAGAGCAUGCUUCACAUACUUAUGAAUGCUAAUCAAAGUGGAAGAACUAAUGGCAUCAUCUUCUGUCCCUCUGCAUUUGGUUUGCAGUUCUGGCUUGUUUAAACCCAUUUCAACACCAAGAACUAACAGUCUUAAGAAUGAAAAUGGAUACAAGCCUUUGAAAAAUCUGCCUCACUUUUAAAAAAUCCCCAGAAAGAGUCAAGGUGUGGCCUUUUAAAGACCCACUCUGAUCAUCUUUUCAUCCAUUUUCAAAGUCUUCACAGUGGUGUCUUUUAGCUAUCAUGAUGCCGAUUUUAGCCUAAAUCAGGAAACCUGUGCCAUUUUCAAGGACAUCCUUAGAAAGUCACCUCUGAGUAGUUCAUAGUAAGCCUGCUCCCACUUUCCGUCAUCCAUCUGCUAACAUUACCGGUGCAACAAUACUGGUGAACAAUCUUGGAGCUAUCCAGCCGUACAGUUUUGAACCAGGUGUCAGCCCAGACGAGGAAAACAAAGACGUGCAUGGAUCUACUCGUCUACAAGUGGAUCAGAAUGGAGCGGAACAGGGAGCUGGUGACCUGCCCAGUAUAUUUCAGACGUCACAAAUAAGCUCUUUUUUUGUCUGCUCCUGAUUCAUAACAAUUGGAAUAAAUAAAUACUCAGAAACGAA